AUGCGACGGUCUACUCGGCCGCCGCGUCGCGCGAAGAAGUCCGACCGCAGCCUUCGCUCGACAUUACGCCUUUUCUCGAUGACGUCAUCAGAUUCAGAAGCAGAGGACGAUGUGUACUCGUUAUGUGUGCGUGACUCACCGUUUUGUAUUGACAUAGCUCUGCCGGAGGAUCGGACCUCGCUUCGUCAUAUAUCAGGAUUCGACAACACCGGCAAUGUGCGCAUAUGGCCUGGAGGUGAGGCUCUCGCCUAUUACUUGUCGAUCCGACCACCUCUUGUGUCGGGUAAAUUGGUACUGGAACUGGGAGCAGGGCUUGUUGGACUUCCGGGUUUUAUUGCUGCCAUAUAUGCAACACGGGUUUCCGUACUGAAAUCUGCUGAUGAUGUCUCGGAAGAAUUUAGGAUGCUUGGAGGGGAAAUUGAGUUCGAUCCGGACGUUGUCGCUCACGUAAGCGCCUUGGUUUGGGAUACGGUGAGCGAUGACUGGACUUCGGAUCUGCUGGAAUUUUCGAGUAAGAGCAGCAAGCAGCGCAUUCACAAGCAUUCAGGAGUGGAUAAGGAGGAUCCAAUGGACGAUGAUAUGGAAUUCUUGGGCCCAAUACAGGCUGAGUUACUGCAUACAAGCACUCCUUUAGCAACAAAAAUCGAAAUUCAGCAAACUAUGAGAGCAGAGGACGGUGAGCCAACAGCCCAAAGUUAUCGAGAUUCACCAUCUGUCAGAAAAGCGCAAAAUGCUCCUGAAACUGUUGAUGCAACAUCGAUUAAAACUAUUCACAUGGAACUAGAUAACCUGCUCGGGAAGUCUCAGAACAUUGUAGGCGGCAGCCCGAAGGCCACGACUAGCAAAUCACCUAGUCCAGACCUCUUCAAUACACCGGUGAAAGGGAUUUUGUCGGAGUUUGAUGACGAUGUCAAGACCUCUGAACCACGGCAUUUGACUAAUUCCCACCAGGUCCCUAUGUCCGGAGAAGUCACUAGAAUCAUUGACGCAGGAAGCAAAAAAUCUGCGUGUGGAUGGUCUGCAAAAUUCUCCGAGUUCUCAUUCCUUGACAGUAUUCCUACUGAUGCUUCGGAACUGAAGUGUACAAAAGAAGCGCCAAGAAAACGGACAAAACAAUCUUCUCGUGAACUGCGACACCGUAGUCGAGAUAUCACGUCUUCCAAAACACCGAAACAUUCAUCGGUUGCCACUUCGAAAUUGGAUUCCGCUCGAACAUCUAGGAGUACAGGGCCAAGCAGUAGCGUUCGUAGUACUUCAUCAAGGACUCCUCAGGAAAAGUCUAUAGCCGCAUCAGUGCCGUCAUCAUCUUCCAGUUUACCUAAGGGAUCCUCCUCAAGGCUCAAGUCACACCCAUCGAAAGCAUUGCAUUUCACCAUGGAUUCUGAUGACGACUUUUUCGAUCUUUAG